ACCAACCUUCUGUUCCUUGUUCUCUGACGAGAUUUCAGAAUCAAGGUUCAUAAAUUGAAGGUAUCUGCCCAGUCCUCAGUCCUCAGCACGAGAGUCCUAUCUUGCUGGGUUUGUUGUGGUUAUGUCAGGUUUGGGUCUCACAAUCCAAACUCCUAGCAAGCAAACCUUUCGUUUCGCUCAACACACACACACUCACUGACAUUGACAAACAAUGAUGAGGUCUGCACUACACGUCCACCUGAAGGUCCAAGAAGCCGUCAGCAUGAACCAAGAAGGCGUGAAUCUCUUGGAAGAAUGUCACUCCAGUCAAGCCCUGAAAUUCUUUCAAGGCGCCUUGAGAGCUCUUCAUGAGAUUGAAAGCACUUGCACAGACGCUCUUGCCAGUAGUAGUAUCAAAAGCAGUGAUGAGCAUCAGUCCUGUGUUUGGUCUGGUUCUGAGAUUCCUCACAUCCAAGAUGACAGGUUCUUUGUUCACAAUCAAGCGCUCCUGAUACAGCUGCCACAGUCCACAGCUGGAAUCUCGCUGCAAACAGUCCGCGUAUCUCUGGCGGCCGUCUGUUUCAACAUGGGCCUGGCGUUUCACCUGAAAGGCAAACUCCAUAAUCGACGGCAACGAUCCUGUCAUGAAAAGGCAGCACUCUGCUACGCACAAGCCUUGCAGUACAUGGAACAAACCAAUUCUUCUUCUUCUGCCGCCCCGGAUGUUACCAUGAUGACGCUUUUGGCCCUGAACAAUCAGUGUCAGAUCCAUUAUCAGUUGCGCAGUCUGGCCCAACUGCAAUCCGGACUCGAACGGAUUCGCAAGCUGUCCCUUAGCAUGCUCUGGCACUGCGGUCCCCAACGACGACCUUGCGGAGGACGCAUGAUCUUGGGAGAGCUCAUGAUCAAUGUUCUGGUUUCCACCAAUCCAGGCGUCGAAACUGCGGCUGCUGCCUAAGCACGCCACGACACAGACCCGAGCCGACCUGGCCUUAUUAGCAACAGCCACUCCUUCAUACAUUCAAUUCAAAAUCCGACUAUCUGCCUACCAGAUAGAUUAUCUAACUAUAAUACCUUACUAUUAGCUAUAGCUAGAAUCACAAUUUCAUAUACC